AUGUUCGCUAUUGAGCUCCAUCAUGGAGGGAGGUUCAUAAAAUUCCUAGGUAUAAGCUACAUUGAAGGAAAAUUAGAUCACGUGGACCUGGUAGACAUAGAUGAGUUCUUUGUGCAUGAGUUGGACGAGGUGAUGCUAAAGCUUGGUUAUGAGGUACCACUAGUCAUUUACUACCACUAUCAACUACCAAAUGGAGAUUUGGAGUUUGGUUUUAGAGCUCUAGGGAAUGAUGUUGAUGUACUUAGUCUUACACAGUACAUUAAACAUAAUAUGAUCAUCAAGUUAGUUGACGGGAGUCAAUCACGAAGAAAGAAAUUGUGUUUCAACUUGGAACACAAUGCAACUUUUGGUGAUCAAGAUGCACAAGUUGAAAUUGGUAAUCAAGGUGCAACUAUUGGUGAUCAAGAUACAGAAGUUCAUGAGCAAGGUCAAUUUGAAAGUGAGGGAGUUGGUGAAAGGGGUGGUGAUGGAGGUAAUAAAAGGGGUAGUGAAGGGAGUGAGGAAGAUAGUGACUUUCUUGAAGAUGAAGAAAACUAUGUAACUGAUGUUGAGGUGGACAUUACUGAUUUCUAUAUGAAUGUUGAUCUAGAUGUUGAGUAUGUUGACAAAGGAAAGGGUGUUGAGGAUGUUAAUGAAAAUGUUGAUAUUGAAAAUAUUGAAAAUGCUAAAGUAAUUGACAAUGAUGAGUAG